AUCUUAUCGGCUGAUAGCUAGCCCCUCGCGAUGUGUGAGCCGAGUCUACAUCGCCGUAUCGCACUCCUCAUAUGCGACGUACCUGUGGAUGCAAUCCGGGAAAAACAUGGCGACUACACAAGGAUUUUUGGAAGCUUGCUAGAGAAAUCACUCCAGCCCAUAAAUCACACUCGUUCAGUUGACUCGCAAACGACCUUCACGCUCGAGCCUUUCGACGUGUACACGCAGAUCUAUCCUAAAGAUGAUAAAUACGAUGCAAUGAUAAUCACUGAGGCUGGAAUGGAUCAAACACUGAUCGAGUACGUGAGGUAUGUCGCUACAGAGAAACCGCGGAUAAAGAUUUUCGGUGUAUGCUUCGGACAUCAGGUCAUCGCGCUUGCCAUGGGCGGGACAUGUGUUCGCAACACGCGUGAAGUUUCCGCAACAAAGCUGCGACUAAAUGAGCUCGGAAAGAAAGUAUACGGGGUCGAAUCUGGUGCUUUGAACCUUCAUUUGAUGAAUCGGGACCACGUUCCCACCACACCACCCUCAUUCCACAUUAUUGUUUCGUCUGAUCAUUCACGAAAUCAUGGGAUGGUCCGCUUUUCGCAGUCAGAAUCCUCGGGGGAUGCACCGCCCUUGAAUUUCCGCUUGACUGAUAUUCAUAUUCUCACCAGCCAAGGUCACCCUGAAUUCACAGAGUCCAUAAUGCGUAUGCUCCUCAGCGCACGGCGAGAACUCUUGGGCACUGAAGUUGUCGAUGACGGCCAGAGUCGUGCGGGCAAUCAAAAUGAUGGAGUUGCGGUUGUUGGAAAGGCAAUGUGGGGUAUCAUGGGAGUAGAAUGAGCAAUGUAUCUCGAAGUCAUCACUGGCAGGUGUAACAGAAUGCAUCAAGAACUCUUCCAGUGUCUUAGGUUCUGGUACAUCGGGUCUGUACGAGUUGAGGAUGCUUCGGAAGUCAUGUCUGCUUGUCAUCUACACUGUUCACUUGGACUUAUCUCGUUAGAGCCAGUUCACAGAUGAGGAUUUAUCUUUUAUGACUGUUUGUGG